UGCUCCCUAUCAUGGCGGACUUUGCUCCAUUCAUUUGCGGUGGAUGGUUUAUCCUGUUCUUAACUCUACAAUUCUUGGUAUAUACAACGAUAUGUCCUGGGUAAACAGGACGUUUGGUCACUCUGAAGUAUACAGUAGUAGGACUACAAGAAGACAAAGAUGAAGAAACGAAAAUGCUCCUCACAAGUAGCUGCAAAAACUCUUAUUCCCUCACCAGAUAAAUCAGGCGGACAGUCACACAAAAGUGUGGCGUUAACCGUGACCAUGACGACCUCAAACCAUGUUACAAAGAAAACAGAGACUGCCGACGUCACGUACCGAAGGCGACAGAGUCUCAGCUUCUUCCUAGAAUCAGUUCGAAAUUGGUCAGCCUGAGAAAAUCCUGAAGAAAAAAUGGAGCCAAAACAGGAAGACCUCCCAGCGUCUGAUAUUAUCCCGCUCGCCUUGCCCAAAGGAACAGAAAAGUUGUGUGAACUUUGCCAAAAACGAGCUUACUUGCAGUGCGCCAGGUGUCGAGUGACCUUUUACUGUGACAAAGAGCACCAGCAAUCAGACUGGAAAGGGAUCCAUGAGAGGAUUUGCCAGUUGCUCAUUCCAAUUCGCACGCCUUCACUCUUUAGUAUGCAGCGGGCCGGCCGCAUAGAAAAUCUACUCAAAACGAAAGAGCUAAUAGAAAUCUGCAGGUUGGUAGCAGAGAGCAAGCUCUCUGAGGGGAAGCAUCAGCAGGCUGUGCCUGCUGCCCAGGCCUGUCUCCGCUGCUCCGUAGACGUAUAUGGACCCAACACGGUCCAGCUGGUGCCUGCCUAUCUGCUACUGGCUGAUGCCAACAUGGGCAUGGGUAAUCUGGUACUAGUGGCGGAGCUUCUGUCCCAGGCAGAGUGGGCGGUACUGAAGAGUCCAGAAUGUGGACAUGCAGUCCACCAUCGACUGCACAGGAGCAUGGGCUGCCUCCACACUGCCACUGAAAAUUUCAAUACAGCUCUUUUUCACUUUGCAAAUGAUAUAUAUUUUGCCAGUGAGGAGUAUGGCCUGGAAAACACUGUGACAUGUGGAGGUUACUUCCUCAUGGCUGAUGUAUUUGCCAAGCAGGGGAAGCCCUCUGUAGUUCAUUCUUUGUACACAGAGGUGGCAGAGACUUGGCACACUCAUCUUUGCAAACUCCUUGGGGAUCACAUCCAAAAUAUACAAAAGAACCCCAGCAUAUUGGAGCCUUCCUUUGACAAAGGUCAGCAAGUGGAAGUGGACAAGAUGCUGAGAACCAUUUUGGAGUUUGAGCAGGACGACUCCCGUAAAGAACCCACCCAGAUCGCUCUGGUGGCUCACUCCCUGGCCAUGCUAUCCUUCAUCGGAGGGGACUCUUCCAAGGCACUGGGAUUUGGACGCACAGCACUGCAAGCGAGCCAGCUGAUACCAAACCAUGACCUGACAGAGCCCAUCCGGGCGUUGCUACAGCUGGUGAGCACAGAUCCACAGCUCACUGCUGGAUAGGAACCACACCCAGCUCACACAAACUAACCCAACAUUCACUUCAGGCAUUCAGCAGUCACUUUUGCUUUAUUCACAGUAUAUUGCGAGAUUAAAACGUGACAAGAUUUCUCUUUCAGUCACCAGGCCUGGGACGAUAAUAAAUAAAUUGAUCACACAGUAAAUGAAAAUGAAUUGGAUGAUUUUGCCGGCCUAAGUACAUUGCCAGGUGCAUGCGUGUCUAUCUUCCUCGUCUCCCGCCUCCAAACAAAAGUUCAUUCUGUGCAUUGGGUUCAGCACCUUGGUGCGUUUGGUCUGUAGAACAUGUCGUGACAUGAACUCACGGAGUGAGCCCAGGGUCGGAUCUAGCUUUUUUGAAAAGGCGGGGUGUGGCCGAGGCUGUAGGCCGAUGAGCUGGAAAUGGAGGGGUGGGAUCUGGGGGCCCCCCCCAGAAAAUUUUUUAAAAUUAGACCUCAUUUCCUGCAAUCUGGUGAUAUCUGAGGCCAAUUUUCUGUCCUUAAUUUCAAGUUUGUUGUUAUUUUUAUCCUUGGACUAUAUCGUUGAAGCCAAAACAUUCUAUUUAUAAAAUUACGGGUACUAGGAGAAACCCAUUUUACCUCAAUUUCCUGCAAUAUUUUCCAAUUUGAAGCAGCUGUAAAUUCCGAGGAUUUGAGUAUAAUUUUAUGUCACUGGGGAUCGCUUUUCUGGUUAAUUUUCAUUGAGAAUAGACAACAGUUUUCCUUUUCGUCAUGAUGCCAGAACCUUUAUUUCGCACCGCCACCUGAAUAGCCAUGCAUUUACGGUUCCAUGGUUGUCAUUGCAGCCGCACGGUGGUCUAGUGGUUAGCAUGUUGGCCAACACAGUAACAGUCUGGAGAUUGGGAAGACCUAGGUUCAAUUCCCUGGACAUUUCUGUGAGGAGUUUGCAUGUUCGUGCAUAGGUUUUCUCUUUGAAUUCCAAAUUAUGACAUCAGUGCCUGAACUGUAAAGGUUUGACUGUUACUUUGCCAACAAGCACUACAUCGACUAAUUCUCUUUAAGGUUGUUAUUAAUUAAUUAUUAUUAUUAAAUUAAAUUAAAUUAUUAUUAUUAAAUUAUUCUCGGAAAACUGAAAAGCUUUAUUAAGUAACUCUUCAAAAUGCAUGACUUCAGGCACGGCUAUGUGCCAACAUGUGAGGAAGUUGAAAAUGAAAAAGUUAAAAAAAAAUCCAUCCAUCCAUCCAUCCAUUUUCUAUACCGCUUCAUCCUCAUUAGGGUCGCGGGGGCAUGCUGGAGCCUAUCCCAGCUGACUUCGGGCGACAGGCGGGGUACACCCUGGACUGGUCUCAAAUAAAAUCAAUAUUUAUAAUUGAUCUUUAUAACAUUAAGUACUUUAGUUGAAAAGCACAGCUCUUAAACAGAGGGAGGACACAUUUUAGUUGGUUUUGAGUAAUCACUUGUCUUUAUUUUCAUCUAAAAAAAAGAAAAAAAAAUAAGUGGGAACUAUUUACACCAUUUUGAACAUUUGUUAACACAUUUUGGGAGUGUUUUGUGUUUGUUGUUGUUUUUUUUUGUAACACUUUUAGAAUGAUUUACAGUAUAGAACAGUGAGGGCAUUUGCUGAACAACAUCGUACCAGUGUAAUACUUUCCCAACCUCUUUAGCUUAUCAUAACUUAGUAUUUA